GCCAGACGACGUCUUCUUUACAAUGAUUGGUAUCGAUACCAUCACCAUCACCAUCACCACUAUCGAUAAUAAUCGAUACCCCGGAGGAUCUCGCGAACGUCUCGUCUCGACCUUGGUUCUUCCUUCGUUCUCUUCCAGACAGCAUUUAAUCUAGAAGCAACGCGCGCGGCUCGUCUGCUCUAUUAUUAGUAGAACACAGAGAAGUAUCGUUUUAUCUUGCUACCGGUUUCUUAUGCGGCACCGUUCGAAGACUUUCCGGCAAAGUUAUUGACUAGAGACUUGGAGAUAGUUUGUGUAACGUCUGAUGGAUGGAGGGUUUAAUUUAAAGGUUAGAUGGAAUUCGUUCGAAAGGAGAAGGCUCGGUCGAUAAAAAAGAUGAACGAAAAAGAAGAGGGAAGGAAAAAGAAGAAAAAAGAAAGAUAGAUCGAUCAUAUUUCAUCGUCGAUUACGAUAAAUUACAAUUCUUUUUUUUUUUUUACAAGACAUUACGUAGGUACGAAGUAAAGAAAGAUGGAUAAAGUAAAAGAUCAAAAAAUAGCAUAGCACGCGACACACACACACACACACACACAUACACAUUAGUCUCCGAAAAGUAAGGUCGCAGAAGCGGGAGCAUACUUUGCGAAGGAAUCUCAUCGCUUCUUUGGCUACGGACACGAUGAAAUAAACAGAGAAAACGCGCUUUACUUCGGCCUCGACCCGAGCAAAGUCGACAACGUCGAGGUUGUCGAGCUUCGCACCGCUCCCCUCUCCUCCCCUCGACCGUUGCUCACCGUUCGUAACGUACCGCCGCGUGGAGGGGGUUCGAGCGUGCUCGGUGGCGCUCGAGAAUCGACGGGAACGGCCGAGCAACGACGGAACUAACCGAACGCGCGAGACUAGUGCCGAACGUGAGAGGAACGACGCAGCUCCCCUCAGUUCCAUCACGGCGAGCCGGGACGAUAGGUCGUCGUUGCGUUUUCGUCUCCGUUUUUGCCUCUUCCAUCAUCCUCUGUUUCUCUCCUCUAUCUACUACAAUAUCUCACGCUACUUCUAGUUGGUGUCCGUCUUGUCUUUCGUAUAAUUAUAUAUAUAUAUAUAUAAUAUAUUUCUCUGACUAGCCAUCUCUCUUUCUCUCUCUUUCUCUUUUUCUUUCUUUCUUCCUUUCUCUCUCUCUUUCUCUCUUUUUUCUUUCAUUUGUCUUCUCUUUUCCUCUCGCAGAACAAGAAGAAUCUUCGUUCGACGAAGUAAUUCAAAUAUAUAUAAUAUAUAUAUAUAUACACACACACACACACAUAUAAACGUAUUAUUUCUCGAGUGUCCGUUAUUUAGCUCUCGUGUGAAUAUAAUAUAAAAAUCGACGGUCGGCGAGCUCUGGAAAGUGCUCAAGAGAGAAUCUCACACCGUCGUAAGAUAGAAAGACAUCCAAGAAGAACUACUUCACGGUAGCGUAUCAUUCUUUUCGGCGAACGACGUUUCGAGGCCUGUCUCAGUCUCUUCUGCUACUCGACGAUUCUUUCGAAUUUCUUCGAGCUGCUGACCUCUGGAUUACGCGACGUCCCGUGCCAAGGAAAGCUUCGUAUCACGAGGUGAGUCCGAGUGAGUCCCUGCCUUCCUGCUGCCCAGUUCUAUAAGACGCGAGUUAACCGGAGAAGAUCAACGAGAGAGGAAGAAGCUGCUUACUCUUUCGAAGAGGAAAAGACGAGUCGCGGAACCGAUACGAGACAAGACAUAGGAUGGGCUCAUCCGUGCGAGCAUUCGUUCUACAUUGAAGAGGAGGAGUACCGUAAGGGAGAAGGCAAAGGAAGAAGGAAGGAAGGAUGCCUGCCUCGCAAACCGCCGCUACAGAGCGGCGAAAUGAAAGAGUGAUGAUCGCACACGAGCCGCCAAAAUUGAAAACAACUUUAAAAAUACCACCGAAACAAGCGACCAAUCCUCUUCAAUUCGUCAAAGUUGGACCGUGUUCUUUGUAUCGUACGGCACAAGAACAAUUGCAGAAAGUCCAAGAAGUCAAGAAGAUUAAACAAGAAGUUCGAGAUGAUCCGGAAGAUUGGCAAUCGAAUCUAGACAAUUGGAAGAGCAGUCGGAGGAAGCGUCAAGAACACAUAAUCGAGCGAGUGGUAGAGGUUAAAAAACUAGAACUCGAAGAACACGAUAGACAACGGCGCCGAAGUAAAACUUUCUCGGAGAUGAUGGAAGAGCGAGGUAACAGAGGUCGGAAAUUGAGUAUUAGUCUGGCCAUGUAUCACGAGGAGGAUGCGAACGAUUUGAGCGACCUUGGAAUCGGUACCAGUAGUGGCAAAAGUUCAGUCAGUGGCGAUACUCACGACGAUGCUCACAGUGUUCUCAGCGACAGGGACAGUGAAAUUGAAAAGAACCACUCGGAUGUUGACAAUGUGACCGGCGAUGCCGGUGACAAUGUGAACAAUAACGCGACUAGAUCGUCGACGGCAAUGACGACGACGACGACAACGACGACAGCGACGAGUGCAACGAAGAAACCAUUCGGCAAUGGCUUUCAUGGUAAUCAUAAUCACAAUCAGGAAUACGAUUCGGCGACCACGGCGACUGCAAGUUCGCCCGAGCCAGAGGAAUACACGUACGAAGGUGCAAUUCGUGGCUACGUUUCGAGAGUUUCACAAAAUAUACCAAGGAGAUCUUUGGUGGGUUUGGAUGCAAAACUGGAUAACGCUAAGUCAUCGACGAAUGGAUCGAAGACGAGCCUGAACGAGGAGAACAAAGGUACGACGACACCUGUGGUGAAGGUCGACAUCCUUAAGAGACGAGAAAUCUUUGAGAAGGCAUCGCAGAAGAGCUCCGACCAAAAAGCUAACAACAGGCUCUCCGGUGACUUCACCGGCACGAAGUCGAUCAAGGAGAGACUGUCGAACCUGGAAAAGCAAAAGCUCGAAACAGAAAACAACGAGAAGAUAUCGAACAAGGCACUUAACCGACUAUCCGGUGAUAUGAGUUCUAUCAGAGAGAGGUUGUCUCAUUUGGAGAAACAAGCGAUGGAACGAGAGAGCAAGACUACCUCUGGGAAUCACAAGGUCAGCUCCGAGGAAUUGGAAAGCGUUCGACCACUUCGAGAAAGGCUUUCGACUUUAGAAAAAUAUAGCAGCAGCGACGAAUCCUCGGCACCAGCUACGAUACACGAGUCUAGACACAACGGUGAACUUACUGCUAGGACGAUCAAGGAUCGUUUAAAUGCGUUAGAUGCGAUUAGAAGCAAGGAAUCCGCGGAAAAGAGAGCGUCGAUUGGUAAACACUCUCUAUGCUUCAGAGAUCAAGAAAAUAGGAUCGAUACUUCGACGCCUAGCGAGAGAAGCUCUUCACCAGACUCGGAAUAUCGAGCACCGAGAGCAGCCUUUCAUAGAAGUCUCGACUCGCUUGAUGCCGACGCUUCAAGUGGCCCGGACACCUUCGAACGUGUUCAAAGUCUUGAGGAAUUCGAUUAUGGCCGACGUUAUCCAGCCUCCUCCUCUUCAGCCGAACUUCUCAACGAUACCGAUCGCGAGGACUCUGGCAUUCAUACGGCUGACGUUAGCUGCUCGGUUAGUCAAGCCGAUGAACCAGUCGACGAAGAGAUCGUACACGCUAGCACGAUCGUCGAGGAGAAGCCAGAGGAUCUUCGAACGAUCGAGUCUACUUCUUGUUCCUCUUCGUCCGUUCAAGAGAAGAUCACGACGAAGUCGAGCACCGUUGCGAACGAGUCUACGACGACUGUCGCCAAUCAGCAAGAAGCAGUAGCAACGAAGGAUACUGCUGAAACUUCUUCUGGGGAACGGUCGACUAACAAAUCAUGCCCGCAUAUGCAAGUAGAAGUUAAUACUAACUCUAAUACACUACCCACGGCGAAUCGUCCGAUCGUCUAUCAAAGUCCCAGAGUACCUCCACGAAGAACACCACCCGAAACACUUCCCAAACCAAAGCUACCGCUUUUCAAGGAUCCUAUAGAUCCUAUCAACAACAACGAAACUUUACCUACUCCCAAAGAUACAGACGAUAAAAGCUCCUCCUCUCCUCUUUCCAUCGAAGAAAGUCUUUCGAAUACUACAUCGACAUCAACACCUUCGAGCCUUCCUUCAGAAUCAUCUACCAACAACGUCAGCAUUACCUGUCCAAAUCAAGACACUUCAAAAGCCACAAGAGUAGUCUCAAAAAUCCCAACGCCACUUCCUCGUAAAACAGUCCCUGCAAAAUCAUCACCAACCAGCUCGGUAUCCUCCGCUAGCCCACCAACUUCACCAUCUUCUCCAAAACUCCAAUCGUCAUCGUCAAAGACACGAACAUCGUCUAAUCAAAGUCCUAAAGCUUCGGAAAUACCUCUUCCUGUAAAUUCUAAUUCACCAUCGAAAUUAUCAUCACCAUCUACCCCAUCCACUUCUUCGUCCAACACAUCCUCGCCUACAUCCAACACGGAUCACCAAUCAACGUUCGGCGAGGAUACAAUAACGGCUGAAAGACGACGAACGGUGGUGGAGGUUUGCGAAAAGGUGGUGGUACCGCAAGGAAAGAUACCCGGGACACCAUCAGUCACACCAUUCAUCACGGUGGAUCGCGUUAACGAGAAGCAGAACUCAGCCACGGCCGAGGAACCAAUCUUCAUGGAUAAAGAGGACGAGGAGAAGAAGGCUGAAACGAUUUGUCAGACAACAAACAGUGCUACUACGAUGCCGGAUCGUGAAGAGCGAGAACAUAUCGAGAUAUCGAUGAAUACGAAGCUCGAAACGACGAUGACAACUACAACGAAGAAUUCUGGCGAAGAAAUGACUGUAGAUACACCUGAUUCACCUGCUUCGCCAAUACCAAUGAUCCUUGGACUUGAAAGACCAACGUCCUUGACUUUCAACAAAACAGAAGCCUCUAAUAUCGAUACGAUUAAUUGUCUAAGUCCAGUCUCACCUCAACAGUUUUUGCCGUUGAGCCUGUCGAACGACGAAGAAAUAGUCACUGGUUUAGCUUUUCCUUUGGGUCCACCGACGACCAUCGAGCCACCCAAAGAAAAGCCACCACCACCUCCCGUUGAUGAUAUAAGUGACGAAGAAGCUCCACCGGUGGAACCCCUUAAGAGAUUGAAUUCUACUCGAAGAAUCAAGAAGGAAUUGCGAACGAGACGGUCGGAUUUUCUUGGAAUAGAAGGGGUUAACGACGAUGACUUGGAAAGAGAGUUAACGUUAAUGAAGCCACCAGACAUGGCAGCGAUUCUCGCUGAAGAGAGACGUAUCGAACAGCUGCAUCGUCGUUCUUACGACACCGACAGUAAUUACGAGCAAGAUUCAAGCCAUGAGAGGGAUUCCGGAGUUGAACUGGGACACGUUGAAGACUGGACGAAACAACCUGUCAGCCCUGAUAUGUCGCAGCACAGUCGACAAAGUAGCGAACCUUUUGGCGCCAGUGUGACCUCAUCGGAGGAGGAUGAAAUAACGAAGAAGGAACGAGAAAUCAUCGAAGUAUUGGAGAAAGAGGAACAAUGGCGAUAUGGGAACAAUCACGAACAAAACAGCGAUUUAGGAGAAAAAUUAGCUCACAAAUUGCGCGAACUCGAAGAAGAGAAAAUGCAAUUGGAACGAGAGAGAGCGCAGGAAGUCGUAUUACGUAGACAGGAAGAGAAUUUACGGAAAAAUGAGGACAACGUGCGCAAACAGGAAGAAACUCUACGUAAACAGCAACAACAACAACAACAACAGCAACAACAUCAGCAACAACAACAACAGCAACAACAACAACAGCAACAUCUGUCUUAUCAUCAUCAUCAUCAUCAUCACCAUCGUCAUCAUCAUCAAGAGGAUGAAGCGAGACAACAGGAAGUUGCACGUAUCGAGACAGAAACGAAACGAGUCGAGGCUACACGGCAGGAAGAGGAGCGUCGAAUUCAAGCGGAACAGUUGAGAGUUCAAAGCGAGAUCGAAGAGAAGGAAAGAAGAGCGGCUGAUGCUCGAAGAAAAGAGGAGAUACGAAUAAGAGCUAUGGAAAAUCAAAUUCGCGAGCAAGAGAACAAGAUAUUGGUUGGUGCUGGGUUGAACAACCACGAAGAUGAAUUUGCUUCUGGGGGAUCAAUGGAAUUUAGAAAUGAAACUUCUUACUCUCCGUUCGUACAGGAAGUUCUACGAGUCGAGAGGGAACUUCUGCAAUUGGAACAAGAGGAGUUGAAGAGGCAAAGAAACAAUCUCGCUUAUCGCGAACAAAAGCAACUCAAGUUGGCGGAACAAUUACAGGAACAGUGGAAAUCCUUGCAAGACGUCGCUCAUGGUUCAUCUAACAUUGCUCAACAAUACAAGCAUCAGCCAGCCGUAAAUUAUAGAUCGUCUAUGCCGAAUCUUCAGCUACAGGAUGCUCAAAGGAGACGACCACCUCCUCCUCCGAUACCACCUGCUAAACCAUUACGUCACAUUGAUCAAAGACAAAGAGACAUGACCAUCAGAAACAGUCGAGUACCGUCAGCAGACUCGAUACCGCAACAAGUAGAUGCAUCUUUACGACAUAGUGCCUCAGCCACCACACUUUCUUGUCAUGCUGGUCAACAAAUGACGAGGCAAACGUUACAAGCUCUUAGCGCUGCUCCUCGACCACGGAUCGUUCAAGGCGAUCAAUGGGUCCAACGAAGAAAGAGCGAUGUACCUAGAGGCGCGCAUGAUUUCAAUUAUCAACAUUGGCUAAUUCAGGAAGCAGAACAACGGAGAAUUCACGAGAAAAAUCAACGAUCCCCGGCACGAAAGUCUCAGCCGCACGUGACCGGAACAUCCGUACCUUAUGCCGCUGCACCGACACGGUCGGAUAGCAAGCCGUUACCAGACUCCAUUAUACAAACUCUUACUCAAAGAGUACAGAACAGAGCGCAAGAGAAGCCACUAUCUCCAAGAAGAAGAUUGGAACAUAGUACGAGUCAAGAACACAUUCCUCUUCAACAUUCUAGCACCACUCAACAAUUAACGUUACAACAGAAACCUCAGCAGCCAUCACCGUCCGUACAUAACACCGAUAAUCAAGAGAAGAUGUUGAGCGUCAGUGGCAAAAAGAAAUGUUCGCAUUGUGGAGACGAGCUGGGUCGAGGCGCCGCGAUGAUAAUCGAGAGUCUACGCUUGUUCUAUCACAUGGAAUGCUUCAAGUGCUGUGUCUGUCACGUACGACUCGGUGACGGAUUAAUGGGAACGGACGUACGCGUUCGAAACCACAAGCUCCACUGCCAUAACUGCUACUCCAGUGACGACGGUACUCACACUUAAAACUCUACCUAGUAUUAUUCCAUACAGUUUAAGAUUAGGUGUCAAGUUCAGCUGCGUGUAGAAGCGCACGGGCUAAUGGAUCUGUGCCGACUAACUUGAAUAUAGCGUUCUUCCGGCUAUAUUUUAUAAGUUGUAGUUGACCAUUUAGUUAGCCAGGCUAACUCGAAACUUACGCGACACGGUCCGUUCGCGCGUGUACAUAAAUACGUACAUAUCCAUAUACAUAAAUAGACAGACAGAUAUAUAUAUAUAUAUAUAUAUAUAUAUAUAUACAUACAUAUAUUUAUAUAUAUCUUCUCCCUGAAAUAAAAUGGAUUUGAAGAUGGUUGGACGUCCAUUCUCAUCUCGCUCGACCUAAUCGGAUAUCGAACUGGAAGGAAAAUUUUUUUUUUUCUUUUCUUUUUUUCUUUUUAGGUAAUUCAUCGACUUCUUUCAAGCCACUAACAACACGCAAUGGAAAUUAUUAUAUGCAAGAAAAGAGAAAAUGUUUUUGUGUAAAUAGAUUGUAUUUAUGUAAGUAGCAUAGCGGUUAAGGAUUUAAUUGAAGGAAGAUUGUUGCAUACGCGAUAUCAUCACAUCGGGCAUCGAAUAAAAAGAUAAAUGAUAAGAAGAUGAACGUUCAUAUGGAACCAGUAAAAAAGAAAUCGUGACACUGUACAUUUUUGUAAUAUAUAACUUUUGCGUCUGGGUAUUUAUGAGAUAUCUCUCUGAUAACACACUAGCUAAAGAUGAGAUCACUUUGUGGUUGACUAUUAUUCAUGAACGAAACUCUUAUUAAAUAUUUAAUACUAAUAAUGUCUAAAAUCAAAUCGAAAAUGAUUAACUUUCGUACGAGGAAACCUUUUUGUUUUAGAUCUUAAUUACGUUUAUGGAAUACGGCAAACAAAAUUACGGAAUAAGAUAUAGAUGUACUCAAAUACGGUUGCUAAUGAAGUCGUGCUCGUUUUCUCCUUUGAUUCAUUUCUCUCUCAUUUCUUCUCUUGAUCCUUUUUUUCGAAAAUAAACAAACUUCGAUUCUUAGAAAAUUCGAUAGCAGCUUCAAGCGAUCGUGUAUAAAGUACAUAAAUUACCAUUGUGAAAUAUUGUAAAUGUCUCGUUUAUUACAACGUGUAAUUUUAUAUUAUCGCAAAGAAUAAAUGUUUAUUAUAGUGAA